UCCCCCCUGCACCUGCCUACCUUGUUUUUCCUUCUUUCUUUCCGAGGGAAAUACAGAGUUUAUUUAAAAAAAAGGAGGAGGAAAAUUUUUUCUUCUAAUGGAAUUGCCUGCCAUGGAUUGGGUUCGAGGAGAUGUCAUUGGUCAUGGCAACUUUGGAAGUGUGAGUCUGGCGGUAACCAGAAAGAAUUGUUCUCGAUUUCCUUCGUUAAUGGCGGUGAAAACUUGUCAAGAUUCUUGUUCUAGUAGUUUGAAGAACGAGAAGGAAGUGCUUGAUGAAUUGGGUUGUUGUCCGCAGAUUGUUGGUUGUUUUGGUGGUGGUUAUAGCGUUGAAAACGGUGAGAGAUUUUAUAAUCUCUUCUUGGAGUAUGCGUCUAGAGGGAGUUUGGCUGAUUGGCUGAGGAAAAAUAAUGGGAAAUUGCAAGAAUCAGAUGUUAAAAGAUACACAAGAUCAGUGCUCAAAGGCCUUCGCCAUAUUCACGCAAAAGGGUUCGUCCACUGUGAUAUAAAGCUUCAAAAUUUGUUGGUUUUUGACCAGGAUGAGGCGAAGAUUGCUGAUUUCGGUUUGGCGAAGAAAUCAGGAACAGAGAACAAACAAGAGAAAUUUGAGUGCAGAGGGACACCUUUGUUUAUGUCGCCGGAAGCAGUAAACGACAACGAGUAUGAGCCGCCGGGAGAUAUAUGGGCUCUUGGCUGCGCCGUGGUGGAGAUGAUUACAGGGAAACCAGCUUGGAAUUUUAAGGAUGGAGGCAAUGUGUUUGGUUUGUUGAUUAGAAUUGGAGUUGGAGAUGAGUUACCUGUGAUUCCAGGGGAAUUGUCAGAAGAAGGCAAAGAUUUUUUAGUCAAAUGUUUUGUUAAGGAUCCAAAACAGAGGUGGACUGCUGAUAUGCUUUUGAAUCAUCCGUUUGUUUCUGUGGAUAGCUCUUUUGAUGAUCAUGGUGAUGAGAUUUUCACUUUGAAGGAGGAAGAAAUUGAAGAAUCACCCAGAAGUCCUUUUGAUUUUCCAGGAUGGAUUUCAGUUCAAUCAUCAAUAAGAACUUCAGGGGAUUCUUCAUUUGUGUCAUCUCGAAAUUGCUUCUUGGAUCGAAUUAGGCAACUGGCCGGUGAUGAGAGACCCAGUUGGGCAGAUUCAGAGAGCUGGGUCACUGUGAGAUAAAAACGGAUUUUUUUUCCCCUUUUUUACUGUAAAUUACUUGGAGAGACUUUGAGACUGACUUAGAUAAUAGAAGGGUCCUGAUUGGCCACUCAGGUGGCUAACUGUAGUGUACAUAGCAGAUUUUUUAUAUGAAUUAAAUUCCCUUUGAUUUUUUUCAUUUCUUCA